AUGUCGGCCAUAACCGGUAGCGGCUCUUUGGUCUGGUCCCCGGAUUCUCCUCCUCAAAACAAGCCCUAUCAUGCGAAACGGCCGCACAAGAAGUCCCGCCUUGGAUGCCAGAAUUGCAAAAGGCGCAAGGUCAAGUGCGACGAGAAACGUCCAUCAUGUGGAAUAUGCACUCUUCGUGGGGAAACUUGCGUCUUCGUUCUUCCAGCUGCCUCCCUCGAUGUCAGCUCAUCUAAACCAAAGUCGCCAUCAGCCUCCCCCGGCUCAGGGAAAUCGUCCCCUGAUUACAAGGCUCUCGUUUCCACACAAAACCAGUCCUCAGCGCCAUUUACUACGACGCUAUCUGAUCGUCUUCAAUCCCCUGACUUCAUUGUUGUCCGGGAACCGCUCCAGAUAGCGACUGGGUGCGACGCCAUCGACAUGAAAAUUCUCUGGCAUUUUUUGGGCCAUACGUGUACCUCCUUCUCCAUCGAGGGUGGCGACUCCAGGCCCAUGGAGGACCUCAUGCGAAAGACUGUCAUGGAUCACGCUUUCAGUGUCAAAUUUUUGUACAAUUGCGUCAUGGCCUUGUCAUGCCUUCAUGCUUGUGAAACGACUGGCGACGACAUGGGUGAUCCCUAUCGUCUUAUACGCUACCAGGACGGCGUGUUUGAACCAUUUUCUACGGCCAUCAGGACCAGCGAUCCAAAAACGUACGGCGCGCUUCUAGCCAAUUCUCUUCUCUUAACGGCCUUGUCGUCUCAGAAUUUUCGCCUAUCCCACGCGCCCGACCUCUACAUUAUUCAGUGGAUGACCAUCUGGCGUGGCAUUGGAACGAUUUUCCAGACAAUAGAUAGAGCUUCUUUGAGGAGCACCGGGUUAGAGCAAUUGUUCUAUCGGCCAGCUAUGAAUCUUACCGCGGCUGCCGCAUACAUACCUAGAAAUCUCAAUGUCUUGGUCUCGUCAAUUCCAGCCGAUGAUCCCGAUCAGGCCAACAGGAAAGCUUAUACUCGAGUGCUUAGAUAUCUAGCAACCCUCUACCAAAACAUGCAUCAAGGAGGUUUCGGGGCUGUAAUGAAGCUUCGCAUCAUCACUUGGUUUACAUAUCUACCUCAUGACUUUGUUCGGCUGGUACUGGACAAGAAUUGCCGUGCUCUGGUUAUUCUAGCACACUACGCCGCAUUCCUCAAACUAACUUUGGGAGUUUGGUGGUUGGAAGGCAUAGGUGCUCGAUCUCUCCGAGAUAUCUGUGCAUUCCUCGGGCCAGCGUGGUCCAACGAACUCAAGAUUCCACUCGCAGCAAGAGAUAUCGAGGAUCCAAUUGAGCUGGCAAGGCUAGUUCUGGACGAUCCCACGUGGGAGCCACGUAGAUCGCCGACUGAUAAAUGUGACGCACAGGAAGAACAAGAGACGAGGCAACUCGGCCUAGUAGACGACCAGGGUAGACCUGUCUACUACGAAUCUGAAGCAAGGGCUGUCGUUCUGGCGAAUCCAAGCCACCCAGGCGACGAACCAGUGUGGAACGCUGAUGAAUAA